AUGGAACAGAAGGGGAUCCAGUUACUCUCAGUCAUCCUCAUUUUAGGGCUCAGUGCACUGACUGAAGGAGCAGAAGUCCCAGCUCCAUGCCGAUGUAAGAUGGAUCCAAAAACCAGAGCGAACUGCGGGCCUCCAGGAAUCACUGCUGAGCAAUGCGAGAAUGCAGGAUGCUGCUUCAGUUCAGAAGUUCCUGGCGUCCCCUGGUGCUUCGCUCCUCUCCCAAAGAAAUAUAAAGAGGUCUGUCCAGCAGAGGUAAAACUCAGACAGAACUGUGGUUACCCCGGCAUCCCUGCUAAAGAAUGUGAGGCAAGAGGAUGUUGUUUUGAGUCAAACCCCCCUGCUGUCCCCUGGUGCUUUUUUCCUCAUCGGGUGGAAGAAGCUUGUUAA